UACCUUAACAUGGGGAAUCUUCUCAAAGUUUUGACAUGCACAGACCUUGAGCAGGGGCCAAAUUUUUCCCUUGAUUUUGAAAAUGCCCAGCCUACAGAGUCCAAGAAGGAAAUUCAUAAUCAGGUGAAUGUAGUGUUAAAAGAUGCAGAAGGCAUCUUGGAGGACUUGCAGUCAUAUAGAGGAGCUGGUCAUGAAAUAUGAGAGGCCAUCAGCAUCCAGUGGAUGAGAAGUUACAAGAGAAGGGGGGUGCUGUUGUCCCACUAGUAGGCAAAUUAAAGAAAUUUUAUGAAUUUUCUCAGAGGUUAGAAGCAGCAUUAAGAGGUCUUCUGGGAGCCUUGACAAGUACCUCAUACUCUCCCACACAGCACCUAGAGCGAGAGCAGGCUCUCGCUAAGCAAUUUGCAGAAACCCUUCACUUCACACUCCGGUUUGAUAAACUCAAGAUGACAAAUCCUGCCAUACAGAAUGAUUUCAGCUAUUUUAGAAGAACAUUGAGUCGUAUGCGGAUUAAUAACGUUCCAGCAGAAGGAGAAAAUGAAGUAAACAAUGAGCUGGCAGAUCGAAUGUCUUUGUUUUAUGCCGAGGCAACGACAAUGCUGAAAACCUUUGAUGCCACAACAAAAUUUGUAUCAGAGAAUAAAAACUUACCCAUAGAAAAUACCACGGACUGUCUGAGCACCACGGCCAGCGUGUGCAGAGUAAUGAUGGAAACGCUGGAAUACAGAAACAGGUUUAGAAGCAAAGAGAUCGUGUCGUUCUGCUUGAGAGUAAUGGUGGGCAUCAUCAUACUCUAUGACCAUGUACAUCCAGUGGGAGCAUUUGCUAAAACCUCAAAAAUUGAUAUGAAAGGUUGUAUUAAAGUUCUUAAGGACCAGCCUCCUAAUAGUGUAAAAGGUCUUUUCAAUGCUCUCAGGUACACAACAAAAUAUUUGAACGAUGAGACUACCUCCAAGAAAAUCAGAUCCGUGCUGCAAUGACACUCCGGAGCGAGAGCCUGCGGUGACCGCGGACGCAGUUUUUA